AUGGUUAUAAGGGUGGGAAUUAAUGGUUUUGGCCGGAUCGGCAGAAUAACGUUCAGAACUUGUUUACAAAAUUCUGAAAUACAGUUAACUGCCAUCAAUGACCCGGCUAUUGAAAUUGACUACAUUUGUUAUUUGAUAAAGUUCGAUUCCACCCAUGGCAAACUCAGAGGAAAUAUUACACACACAGACGAUGAAAUCAUUAUUGAUGGUCAUAAAAUCAAAGUGUUUCAAGAAAAGUUUCCACCAGACGUACCGUGGCACAGAGCUGGCGUGCAAUAUGUCAUCGAAGCUUCUGGAAUGUUCACCUGUUUGGAUAAAGCAUCGGGUCACCUAGCAAGCGAAGGCGUGAAAAGAGUGUUAGUGACCGCACCUAGUGUGGACGUUCCUAUGGUUAUACUGGGAGUGAAUGACUACAUGCUCAAUACAGAUCAUAAAGUAAUAUCAUGUACAUCAAGUACUCUGUAUUGCUUGGCGCCUAUAAUCAAAGUGUUGAAUGAUAAUUUCGGUGUAGUUGAAGGUUUUAUAACCAGUAUCCACGCUAUGACACCCUCACUCAAGCCUUUGGACGGCCUUUGUUUGCGAGGAAAGCAUUGGAGAGAUCAUAGAAGUAUCAAUCAAAACAUAAUCCCGGCAACUACGGGUGCUUGCAAAGCUCUCGGCAAAAUCUUACCACAGGUCAAGGACAGGAUGACUGGUCUAGCCUUCAGAGUGCCCAUAGUAAACGUUUCCGUGCUAGACAUCACUAUAAAGCUAGACACGAACACAUCUAAAGAAAAUAUCAUUAAAUCCGUAGAGAAAGCAAGCAGGAGAGAACUCAAAAAUAUCAUAAAAAUAUCCAACGAAGAUGCAGUAUCUUCAGACUUUAUUGGCGACAGUCACUCUUGUAUUUUAGAUGUCGAAUCAAGUUUGCAACUCCGUCCAGAUUUUUAUAAACUCAUUUGUUGGUAUGAAAACGAGUUCUCCUACGCAUGUAGAGUGGUUGAUGCAAUUUUUUACUCCGAAAUGCAAUUCGCACAAUCACAUAUAAGCAAUACAAUGUGCGUUCAUGCCAAAUUGCCGACACAAAUUAUUACACCAUCACAAAAUAAUAAAAAGGUAACUUUAAAAUGUAACUAUGUUACUCCACCUAAUGAUGAAGUAUUCUAUAUCAAUUCAAAUGAAAGUAUUAAAUCAAAGGCAGCUCCCAAGCCUCGACCCCUUCUCGCUCGAAAACCACUAUCUUCACAAAGCUCUUCGGCAGCAACCACACUCAUAAACCGUGACACAAAAGGAAAAAAUGAAAUAUUCAAAGUAUGGAAUGAUGAUUACGAUUCACUUAAAAAUCCUGUAAGACAAAACAGGACUUCAUUCUUUCAAAGUUGCAUUACAUUUGGUCCCAAACAUCCUGUAGAACAAACUGACUGUAUGAAAGUUCAAGAGCGUUUGGAGGACGUUAAAAGAGAAUUUUCGAAAAUGCUGAUUAUAACUGAAGAUUUGCUUAGAAAAUCUUAUACUAGCAAAAACAAAUUACAGUAUCUAAGGAGCAAGGAAAUGACAAAUGGUGACCCAAAAGCUGAACUGAAGGUAGAAUCUUUUCAGGAAACUCACAAAAUUAAAAACAAUCAUAACACAAAUGCAGAAUUAAGUAAUCCCAUAGUAAAAGAUUGCGGAGAUUUCAAAAAUAAGGACAAAAUUAUCAUCAAAAACGAUGAAAUUAAAGACUAUAAUGAAACAAAAAAAUUGUCAUAUUAUGCAGAAGUUAACGACCACAUUUUCUUUUAUGAUCAACUUAAAAAAACAAAGACAUUAGAAAAGACAAGGUUACAAGAACCCCGUGAAAAGCAGCAUAUACUGAGAGAAAAUACAAGGGUUGUGAAAAGUAACGACACUUCAAAUAUUAUACCUGUAUACACUCAACGAACUGAAAAGAUAAAUAAAACUGAAAAUCCUGCAAUAAAUAACAAUGACAUUAAUCCACAAUUAAUGGUUAAAGCUAUAAAAUCUUUGACUUACGCGCUUACCAAUAAUAUAGUUGAAAAUGUUUUCAAUGAGUUAAAUGCACCUAGUCCAUUAAUAUCUAAGAUGAGCUGCGAAGACAAUAGUCUUCAUAACAUUCAUUUCAAUCCAGAAAAAGACGUAACAAGCACAAAAGACCUAAGUGAAACUCAGAAAUUGGAAGGUUACCUGCCAAUCAAUAAAGAAAAAACAGAGCGUUAUUAUAUAAAAGACCUAACAAAGUAUUUACGAAAUAACACUAACGAUAUGCGUAUAAUGGAUGAAGAACUUAAAAAACGUAAUAUUAUCUUAAUGAACUCUGACUCAAAUGUAAACAUUUUCAAUAUUGGCAGCGAACCUUCUGCUUCAGAUGCAGAUUCGGAUCGCAAAAACUUAGAUUUAAAUAAAAAGAUUUUAGCAGGCCUGAGAAUGGUCGCCGAAACAGGUAUAGCAGAAAGCGUAUCGCCGUGUGGAAGCCCAGCGAAUACUGUCACUACUGUCAGUAAUGGUGACAGAACUCGAGUCAAAGAAGAUCUUUAUGAUAAACUGGACAGCGCUAGUGCAUCUGAUUCUAAUAACUCCUUUCAGAUAAACGAAAGAAAAUCUCAGGUCCUAAAUAUAACAGAUUUGACAAACUCUUUAGAGGAUCUGUCGCGAUUAGACAAAAUUUGCAGGAUAAUAGAAAUUUCUGAUGAACUAUCUGACAAAUUAUUCUCUAGUUUGGAUAAUACUGAAAACUUUUUGGAACAAAAAAAGAAGUGGUCAUUCAGGGAUUUAUGUGAAAGAUUAAAAUUAGAUGAGUUUUGCAACAGUGUGUUUGGUAAAACCAGUUUUUAA